UACCUAUGCACUUCUCAAAGUGACUUUACUAGAUUUCGUUUUGUUUUCCAGAAGCUUUUCUUAUGAGUCGUACUGAGACUAACUCAGUUACAGGUUUGUCUAUUGUAUUACAAACACAUUAAUUAUUUAUUAAUUAAUAUGAAUAGGAAGAGAAAUGUGCAGUUCACUAAACCUGAUGAUCCUGAGUUUUUAAAGGUGCUGAAGAAACAAGCAGGCUAUGAUGACAGGAACCAUAAGUUCGACAAAUUAGACAAUGAAGUGGAUGAUUUUGUUGACGAUGAAGAAAAUGAGAAGCCUCAAGUGGUAGUACUAAAAGAAGGAGAUCUCACUGCAGAAGAAGCAGAUUUAGAACAAAAGAGAAUGGAUACAUUGUUAACAGAAACUAAAGCCGAUUUAUCGAAACGAGUUAUAUUUAAGUCUAAAUCUAAAGAGUGUACAGCUGAUCUUGGCAACAAAAAACAUAAGUUAAAAGCUGAUAUAUCUAAGCAAACACAUAAAAAAAGUCACCAACUACUUUCAUUUGAUGAUGAAGAAGAAGAUGAUUGAUAUCUUAAACAUUUUGUAUUUAAACAUAAUAUAAGUUUUAAAUUA